AUUGAUUAUGAUUAGAGAAGCUUUUGGUUGUCAAGUCCCAUUUCCAUGGACUGUGGUUCCACCUCUAAAUUCCCAAUUUCUUUUAAAUUACUAUGGAAAAGAUGGUUCAAAUCCAUGGAUUGAACUAGAAACUGAUACAAGCAGAGCUGUCUUUCUGAGGUUCAAUGGAAUAUCCCGGCUUGUAUCAGCCAAGAUCUUGAAUUUGGCUUCAAUCUCUUAUCUUCUUAGGUAACUGUUGCUUACUUUUACUCAGGAUAGAAGAGCUUGCCUUUGGAAGAAUCAAUGGCUGGAAUGCUUCCUGGUGUGGAAUGCGCCCGAAGAAGGCGAAUCCAUCAAGGAGGAGGAUGGAUUGAUCAGUCACAGUCCACAGCAGGCAAUGGUAGAACAAGGCGCUCAUCUUUCUGUCUCUAUAGAAUUAGCAGCCAUGAAACUCAUCUCACUUCAAGCAGCUCCUCACUGUUUUCAACACAAACCCAGCAAAGAAACAAACCAAAUCAGAGCUUCCAGAAUGAGGAACUGGGAGGAGUUGCUAGAGAAGCCAAGGGAAGACUGGAUGAGAAGCUAAGGUCACAAAAAAAACCAGAAACUAAAAGGCAGAGCAGCAAAGAAAAUGGUGGGAAGGGAUCAGGCUCAGUUGUCCUUGGAGAUUUGCCAAAAGUGGUGUUUGGAUCUAAGAAGAGUAGUAGUACUUCAGACUCUGCCAAGAGAUUCAGCUGGGCCAAAUUGGGGUGGAGGGCAUCGGACCAAGACGGGUGUGCAGUUUGCUUAGAAGGGUUCAAGGAUGGGGAGACCCUACUGCAUCUGACUUGUGCUCAUAGGUUCCAUUCGAGGUGCUUGGUGCCAUGGCUAGAAAGCAGUGCUCACUGCCCUUGUUGCAGAGUGAGAAUCUUAAUUUAGUGCCUGUAAACUUGUAACUUGUAUAUGAAUGUAUGGUUGUUCAAGCUUGUAGUAAGUUGGAGGUGGAUAAGCUAUGGUUGAAUUAAUCAUGAUCGUACCAUGAAUGCUAAAGAUGAAUUAUAACGUCUAUCACAUUGAAA